AUGGCUGGCAGAGGUCCGACUGUAGAUAGAAAUUUCCUUUGGAGCAUCUUUGCCAAGUAAGUAGAGUCUGUAGAUAUGAUUGCCCGAAAAAUUAUUUGCAAGUGCGCAAAGAAAUACGUGUAUUAAAUCCGUGUAGUAAUACACGGAUAUGAGCCUACCGUUCAUCAGUCAUUUGGAAAGUGAAUUUCAGCAGAAUCUGUUUAAGAAGUCUAUUUCUGGAGCAUUCAGCCAGAGAAAUGUCAGAACACUGAGAACAGUAAAUCUGAUUGCUUGAAAACUUCCUUGUUUUUUAAAUAAACUUAAGCUUAUUAGCCUUAGGUCAUCAUCUAUAAAGCAGAAAUAAGGUUAUAUAUGGGAUGAUAAUAAUAAUAAUUUAAUUCUUAUUGCUUUAUAGAUGAUGACCUAAAACUAAUAAGCUUAAGUUUAUUUAAAAAACAAGGACUUUUUCAAGCAAUUAUCAGAUUUACUGUUCUCACUGUGGGACAGUAAUGCAUCAGUCAAUUCCAGCUUUUUCAAGGAAAUGAAUAAAAAAGACUCUCCUGAGGCCCUGCCAGGGUAAAGUCUGACAAGCGACAUGACCCAAAAAGUAGCGACAACACGUAGAAUGAAAUCGCGACAGUAAUGGCAAAGCCGACAAUAAGCGACACGCAUUUAUAAACACGGAAGCAAGGCGUUUUAAAAUUCAGACGGGCGAAACCCCCCCUGGCAGGGCCUCUCUCCUGGGUGGUGUUUGUUCAUUGUUUCAAUGGGUGGUGUUUGUUGUAAUUGUUACGAGCAGUCCCUUUUCUCCAGUCCUGCCGAGCUUAGACUUGACUGCAAUUCGCUCUCUCCAGUCCUGCCGAGCUUAGACUUGACUGACCGAAGAGGGACUGCUCGCAGUCUAAAGUCAAGGCUGGUCAUUGCAAUCUGGCAGGGUCCUGGACUAGUUGCAACAAAAAUGCCAUUUUUUCGAUAUUCGAAUCCGCUGCAAUUUUUAUCAUCUCCAGACCAUGGAAGGAACCUCCCCUUCCUCUCUGCGAGAUCAGCUCGUAAAAUGUUUCAUCAUUAAUUUUUGCCCUUCAAAUUGAGCCAGUUGUGCCCAUCUGGCUUUCCUCCUGUGCCAGCUUUCAAAUGCCUUUGUGCCCACCAACUAAUUUGUAUUUGAAAUAAUUGAAAACCUCACCAGGGUGACAAUUGACACUUGCAUGAUGGGUGCAAGGGUGCGGCGGUGGGGUUGGCAGCACUUACGGUAACGGUUCAUUUCUGCCCUUGAGCCCAUCCUGUAAGUGUCAAUUGUCGUCGUGGCCUGUAAUGCAACUCCGAGCAUCCAGAAAAAGGCCCCGCCUCACCUAUGGCAUGUAAAUUACUUUACACCUUUUGCUUGUAGCAUGAGUUGGGGUGCCUGUGAUGCAACAGUCUUCCAGGGUAUGCACAACAAAUUAACUUGUAAAUUGGUGGUUGGAUAUCCUGUGGCCUGGAACCAAACUGGUGGGGCUGUAUAGUAGGUUAAGAGUUGAGGAGAUUUUCACGGUGGGAUGAUUAACUGUGCACAACUUUUGAAGUUGCAUACUUAUUACCAAAUUUGCCAGCAUUGCAAACUUGCAUUAUGGUUUUUUGCAGAAUCGACAAAGACAGGAAUGGGCGUAUAACUGCUGAUGAACUGCAACAGGCAUUAUCAAAUGGUAGAACGAAUGUCAGCAUUUCAGAUAAGCAUUAGUUCUAGGAAAUUGGAGAGGACACCCAGGGACCCUCUUGGAACUGGGAUCAAUGAAAUUACUGUAAAAUUCCAAAAUGAAGCCCCAGGGCUUAUAUUUUUCAGAGGCCUUUUUUGAGGUGCUUAUGUUUGGAGGGGCUUAUAUUCGAAGGGAAAUUUGCGUUUCAAAAUCGAAUGGGCUAGCCUUUUAUUUGGAAGUAAAUUUACCACUUUUGCUUUGUUUCACUUUGUAUUUGAGGGCAAUUUUCCAUGUACAAGCCCCUGGGGGCUUAUAUUUGGAGGGGCGAUUUAACGGAGGGUUUUUUGCAUUACCGGUUUGGAGGGCUUAUAUUUGGAGGGGCUUAUACACAUGGAGGGGCUUAUUUUCAGAAUUUUACAGUAUUUUAAAUUCUUAACCAACUCAGAGACAUGUCCCCUUCAUAGAGAGGGACAGAAAGUGAUUACAAAUGGCAGGGACCAAUGAUUAACUGACUAGAUGUUCUUUUAAUGAUAAGAUACCUCUCAGAUAGCCUGAGAAAACAGCCGACAUUUUUUGACGCAACCAAUGGUUUUCCCAUGAAAUGACGGCAGAAAUUCCAUACUGAUGAUGCGUCACUACCCAGAUCUAGGCAGUGCUUCUAAAUGAAUGAGGCAAAUUUUCAACCAAUCAGAAGCAUUACCCAGAUCUGAGUCGUGACACAUCAUCAUUAUGGAAUUUCUGUGGUUGUUUCUCAGAAAUCAUUUCGUGGGGAAACCAGUGCUGGCUUCACAAAAUGAGAGCUGUUUUCUUAGACCGAGAGUGGACUUUCUUAGGGGAGCAAACAAAGACAACUUGUAAAGCUGAGAUGUUUUCUUGAACAACACAGUUCCCAGCCCUGCUCUUAGGGUCUCACCACCCGUGCAUGUCACUAUUCUAAGGAUUUCCUCUUUAGAGAGCUUGGAUCUAUAGAUAUCAUUCUAUUAAUUGCCAACGAGCAGCCUCACAAAGACGCAAUGCUGCGAGGCGGCAGCCUAAUAGAGCCGUGCAUGAUUGUCCCAGGGGCACAAAAAAUCUUUGUAUCGAUGUAACAUAGAGUAAUGUAAGGCAACCAUGACGUAAUGCAAAACAGAGAAUGCUUUGUUUUUGAGCAAGCACGUGAUGCAGAUCAGAGAAUCCACGAGCUGUGUGUGUUUGUGAGUGCCGUGUUCAUCCCGUCUUCAACCAAUCAUCGGGUGGAUCAUUUCCAUCCUACACAAUCUCUGUCACAUUUUUUUUGCCCACUGGAAUUUUUCAUUGCAUGCCGCUUGGAAAAAUAACCCAGCGAAUUUUUUUGUGUCCUUGAAUCAAAAUAAUUUGGAAGGCUUCAUUGGCACACCAUAAAAUUUUUUUAGCUUUAAAUAGAAACCAAAUAUAAGUCUGAACGUUGAAUGUUCGCGGACUUUAAUAUGAUUUUUCGAGGAUUUUAAGGUUGCUUAUGAAGACCACUAAAUUUACGCAAAAUGACUUGUGUGCAACUGUGGACAAAAACACAAGCUUCAAUAUCUUGAAAACUUUGCUGUGUUAAGUCGGAAUUUCAAAUUCUUUAUGCAGUAGAACAGUUUAGUUUACUAUUUUCAAAAGACAAAUUAAAGCAAGGAGCACACAUACACCAAACCCAUCAUCUGCCUUCCCCGCGCAUGUCAUGGGAGAACUGCCGUGCGGUUCCCUGCCAACAGCUGCCACAUGUGUUGUGUGGAGCUGGCACUGAAAGGACUCACCUCGGCAGGAAAGGAUCUUUUAUACACGGGUUUUCCCCGGUCACUGACCGACGGCUAUGCCAUGCUGAUGAGCCCCAAACAGCUGGCGAAACAGGCGUCCAUGGCUGCCACUUCCCGCGUGAUAUGGCUGUGCCUAUGCAUGAGGUAAUGGCCAGGCCGUGGGUUGGUGUAUGUGUGCCCCUGGCUUUAAUUUACUGGUAACUCGUGAUCCACCUUCCUCACACAUGUCAUGGUAGAACUGCUGUGCGGUUCCCAGCCAACAGCUCCCACGUGUUGUGUGGAGCUGGCGCGUGAUAAACUGCUUUGCACUCACUUCGGCAGAAAGCUAAGGGGUUUUUGAGAUGCGGGUUUACCCUGUUCAUUACCCCAAUGACUUUGCCACGUUUGUGUGCCCCACUAUGGGCAAAACAGUUGUCUGUGGUUGCCACUGCCCACGUGGUAUGGGUGUGCGCAUGCAUGAGGUACUGGCCUGUCCGUGGGUUGGUGCAUAUGUGUCCCUUGCUUUAAGUUUGUACUAUUUUCAAUGUAAUCAAAUUAAGUUCACUCUAUUUUUCAUCAGUUACUGUAUUUCAUGACAUUUUUAAACAAAUUCAACAGUGCACGCAUAUAGGUAAAAUCUUUGCUCGUUGGCACUUAGCAAUAGCUGUAACUAGUUUAGUCACUAAUCACCUUUUGGCUGGGGCAUCAUUUUUUAUUUUGAUAGUCCAACAGUGGUAGCACCUGUAACGGGGAGAAUUAGCCACUAAACCGGUCUGAGAAAUUUCAUAUGCCAAUAAGUAGUGCUAGCUGCAGCCCAUAGAUUUCUAGGUGAUAGAAGUAAUUGUUGAUAUUAAUUUUGUCUUGACAGGAUCAUGGACACCUUUUAAUCCAGAAACUGUGCGUCUCAUGAUUGGUAUGUUUUUUGGAACAUUUUUGUGCAACAAUCUCUAAUUUAGAUAGGUUUUCAUUGAUCUUUGUCGCAUCAAAAACUAAGAUAAACAAUUUUCUCUUUUCCAGGCAUGUUUGAUCGUGAUAACUCAGGCACAAUUGAGUUUAAUGAAUUCUAUGCCUUGUGGCAGUAUGUGACUGACUGGCAGAAAACAUUCAGGAGUUAUGAUACAGACAAUUCUGGAACAAUUGAUAGACAUGAACUGAAAACAGGUAUUGAUAUAAAAUUGAAAUUUUGUUAAUCAUUUGAUAGCUCUUUAAACAUGAACCCUGCAGAAUUAAUAAUUUAAAUUUUUAUCUUGAAAUUUAAAAGUGGCCAUAUACCUCAACUUUCUAGAAGCCAGCUGUUUAGUUAGUUUAAACCAAAUAAUAUUUUGUCAUGUACUUCCAGAAAUAAUGUUCAUACCCCCCACACAAGGGAUAAGAAAUUCCAAGGGGAGGGGGUCUCAGCCUCGGCGGGUGGCGGGGCGGGGAAGUUGAAGUAUCAUUGAGAAAGGGUACUGGAAAAUCUAUCAUUUAAAGGGGCCUUUGUCUUGAUUAUAGUAACCCUUAUUAGCUCUAUUUUGUUCUGACAGUGUAUUACCUGGUAAUAUAUUUAAUCCUCAGUUGUAAUUUCUCAUAUAUUUUUCUUUUUCUAAAACAUUUGUAGCCCUUACAAACUUUGGUAAGUUAUCCAGUGUUUUUUUCUUUUUUAAAAAAAAUGCAUUGUAAAUAUUUUUCUUGAAGUCUCUUGAAUUAUAGUAAGCAUUUGACUCAUGUUAAGAAAUUAGCAGAAACCCAGCCGGCUUAGAAAACAUGUUAAUUCCAUGCAUUAAUGUAAGCCAGUUAAGAAUACUAGUAAAGCAUCACCUGGAACUGGAACUGGAACUGGAAAGGCUUGACAAGAACUAUCCAAAUUAUUCAAAAUAAAUUUUGAUCUGUCUUGUUCCAAAUUUUGUCCCUCUGGCAUGGCUUUUAGAAUGUGCAAAUUCAUUUAUACUACUGACAAUAACAUAGUUGGUUUGUUUAUGUCCCCCAAAUUUGUCUUCUUCUUUCUUGGCAAAGCCAACUUACAUGAAGGACAACAACAUAAAUGCCAAAACACACACUGGAGUGAAAACUAUGCUGACAGGGCAGACAAUAAUAAGAGUUAAAGUUCUUAUCUGAUAAGAAAAAAACCGUUUUUGACUUGCAGGUUACAGGCUAUCGGACAAAAUGUACACAAUGCUUAUUACGAAGUUUGAUAAAAGUGGUAUGGGUGCUAUCUUGUUUGAUGACUUUAUACAGUGCUGUGUUGUGCUACAGGUACGAAAACAUGCUGUCAGCAGAGCUUCUUAUAAUAAUCUUAUACUUCUGGUGUCAGUAAUGCCUAUUAAUUUUAUACAAUGUACAUGAUGGCAUCUGACCUGUUGUUAAAACGAUAUCAUUAUGAUAUAAUCAUUAGAGGGUAAAGUGGCUAUAUAACAGAAAAGUGGACUUGUUGUCAUCUGGAGUCCUUGCUGGAGUCCUUGAAUUUAAGUCUCCCUCUGACCACCAUAUCCUAGCUGGAUUUGUUUCUCUGUGCGCCCAUGUUCAACUUUUUGUCCUUGCUUGUAAUAGGCAAUAUUGAUUGGGAUACUAGCUUAACUUCGUUGUGUCAAAGUAUUUGUAGAAUUUAUUUGUUUCAGAUAUUUGCUCCGCGCCACUAGCCUUUUAGUCUGCUAGAAAGCCGUUUUUUGUGUUGUCACGCAACGCUCCUCCCCACUAACUAGUGGGGAGGAGCAUUGCAUGACGACACUAAAAACAGCUGUGUAGCAGACUACUAGCCUUUCUGCUAUUAAACUGCCAAGGGUAAAUUAAUAGUAAAGAUUAAUUUAUUUUGUAUUAUUGACUUAGUUUGUGUUUUGUUUGGUGUGGUGUCUUAACCUGUGGUAGCGUUCAGUUCUAAAGAUUUUGACAAAUUUGUACUUUUGAAACCACCAUGUUCAUUAUAGAUUCUGACGAAUUCCUUCAGAAGCCGUGAUUUUAAUAUGAAUGGCUGGAUAACGAUAGGCUAUGAAGAUUUUCUCUCUAUGGUGUUCAUGCUGAACCUUGGAACGUGACAUUUAUUUGAUUACAAGAUACAACAAAUAAUGACACAAUUUGUAACAGUCGGAACGAUUCACAGCGACAAUUUUCAGCGCAACACAGCAUUGAAAUGUUGGAACACUGUUGUAAUUAUUCACAACAAUGUCGCGACAAUAUUGCAACACUGUGUUGUGCUAAAAAUCGUCAUUGCGAAUCAUCUCAUGUAAUAUCACCGUAAGAUGGAACUGUGUAGAAUUUGGAUCAAUUUAUGAGUAGUUAGAAAUUAAGAGCAGUGAUUUUUUGACCUUUUAAAUGCAAGAAGAAAGGUCAAAUGGGAAAGAGAUUAGUAGAAGUGUUAGGUAAUAUUAAUAUUGUAGGAGAAGGCUAUAAGAGAAAGUUCAUGCAAGUAGAAAUGUUAUUAUUAUUAUAAAUUAUUGAAUAGAUGUAAUGUUCUUAAACUUAGUAUCGUGCUCUGUAUUAUAAUAGUUUUAAACAAGAGUUGCAAGGAAGUGUUUUUAAAAGAAAUCUUAAUAGGGCAAGAACAGGAAGUCUACUGAAAUCAUUCGAAAGCUCUCUGUUCAGCGUCAACAAAACUUGGAUCAGAUCAAAUCGUGUAACCUUAACAUUGUCAUUCGGUCACUUACAGGGUAACAAUUUGAUGUAGGUCUCUUAGUUCAUCAAACCAUAGUUAACAGAUUGGAAUGGUUAUGAAACCUCUCAGACUCCUUUGUUGUAUGUUUUUGUGAACCUGAUGGUGCGCAACGUUCAAGAGCAUUCCUAGCAUUUUGAUUGUAUUGACCAAUAAAAACGUUGCGGUAAUUUAUUCCGUCACAAUUUGCCAAACAGAACACAAAGGAUUGUGCACCUUCAGGGAGCUUCCAACAUAAACUGUAGCACUAUUGUUUUUAUAUUUGAUGUUUGUUGUCUUUCAUAACCAGUUUCCUCUAAUAACUAUGAUCAAGCUAAAGUGCUUAGAAAUUAUCAUGCACCAGUUUCAACAAAAUGUGAAGUAGGCAGCUAGUUUGAGUAGAGUAACCUACUGGAUGUGUUAAGGUUAAUAAAUAUUGUUAUUCUAUACUUCAAUAGAUACGGAAAAAAGUAGACAACUUCUCAAAGCAAUGCAGCUGUUGCUUUUUAUUAGCUGCCCAGUGCUUACUGAAAGC